UAUUAUUCUUGCCGACUUGCCAGGUUUGCGUGAUACCAAUCUCGCAAGAGUAAAAGCGACACAGGGUUAUCCCUUGAGGUGUGAUCAUAUUUUCCUCGUCACAAAAACUUCUCGAGCAAUCAGCAACGAGUCGGUGAAAUCGUCUCUCGCUUCCGUCGUAUCCAACCACGCUGGGCUAGAAUGGGACAAAACUGGAGGAAAAGGCAUGAAAAUCGCAAUCGUUUGCACUAAUUCGGAGAUCAAUGAGAAAACGGCGAGACGGGACUCUUGUGGACCCAAUAAAAGAAUAUCAGAAGAAGUGAUGGCAAACCUUGACCGAGAUAUUGAUAAGGCCAAGGCAAAUGGGAACCAAUCUCGUGCAAAGAAAUUGAAGUUAAGACGGCGGCGUUGGCUGCUUAUCAACGCUCGCAGUGCGCACGUGGAGGAAGAACUGAAGAUAGUUUACGAGCCAGAAAUUGGAGAAGGAGCACUGGAAGUAUUUUGCGUGUCUGACACAUCGUAUGAGAAAUAUGCCAGAAAAGGAAAUGCUGAAAUGGUUCUGGCCUCUGGCAUACCAGCGGUUCGACGAUUCUGCUACACCAUAACUGCUCAUGCGCAGGAACUCCAGGCCAUCAAUUUCCUUCACUCGACACUAUCGAGCCUUCUAUACUCUGCAGAGCUACGGGCAGCUAAACCUACAGUACAACCACGCUAGACAAAAAAAUAUUUCACACUCUUCGUGACGUCGAAAAAGAGGUCACGGCUGUGUCUCGAUGUAAAACUGGUUUUCUGGACGGGUUUCAAAAGGACAUUCUUACAUUUCUAGGUGAGCUUAGCUAUAAAUUUUUGGGAUGAUGAGCUGAUUAUAUCCGCCGAAGACAAAUUAAUUGGCAGCUGGGAAAUUGCUGCGAAAGAUAAAAGUUCAGAGUGGUAUUCGUGGCAUUACAGUAACCUAUCUCAGCAUACAUAUCCCUAAACUCUAAGCAAACUUUAGGAUGUGUAGGUCAGUUUAGCGCUUGGUGUCGGAACAUGGUAACCAUAAGACGAAACGCUGAGCGAAAACAAAUUGGAACGGCAAACUCAUUUGGAAAAUGAGAUCAGAGAUGGAGUUCCAAUGGGAAACAUUACAAUCGCACAGCGGAAAUUUUUGCGAUAGAAAUGAAGUAAGUGUUAUUCGG